AUGGUGUGGUGCGACCGUGGGAUCCAGAUGCUGCUGACCACGGUGGGUGCCUUCGCCGCCUUCAGCCUCAUGACCAUCGCUAUUGGCACCGAUUAUUGGCUCUACUCGAGCGCCAACCUCUGCAACGGGACCAAUGUCACAGCCACGGACGAGACGGCGGAAAGGCAGCCGAAAAAAGUGAAGGGCGACCUCACCCACUCCGGCCUCUGGAGGUUCUGCUGUAUUGAAGGGAUAUACAAGGGACACUGUUUUCGAAUCAACCAUUUCCCUGAAGACAAUGACUAUGAUCAUGAUAGCUCUGAAUAUCUUCUCCGUAUAGUACGUGCCUCCAGCGUGUUCCCCAUCCUAAGUACAAUCUUGCUGUUACUGGGAGGGCUCUGCAUUGGAGCUGGGAGGAUUUACAGCAGCAAAAACAACAUUAUCCUUAGUGCUGGAAUUCUUUUUGUAGCAGCAGGAUUAAGUAACAUAAUAGGAAUUAUUGUCUACAUCUCCAGCAAUGCAGGCGAUCCUAGUGACAAGCGGGAUGAGGACAAAAAGAACCAAUACAGUUACGGCUGGUCUUUUUACUUUGGAGCCUUGUCUUUCAUUGUGGCAGAAACAGUCGGCGUGCUGGCUGUGAACAUUUAUAUUGAUAAAAACAAAGAGCUGAGGUUUAAGACCAAGAAGCAGUUCCUUAAGACUUCUGCUUCCCCUUAUGCAAGGAUGCCAAGCUACAGAUACAGAAGAAGGAGGUCCAGAUCCAGCUCUCGAUCCACAGAACCUUCUCCAUCCAGGGACAUUUCUCCAGUGGGGAUGAAAAUGGCAGGUUCUCUUCCGAUGAAUGAAAUCUCCAUGUACACCCUCUCCAGAGAACCUCUGAAGGUCACCACAGCAGCAAGUUACAAUAUAGAGCAGGAUGCCGGCUUUCUUCAGGUCCACAAUUUCCUUCAAAAGGAAUUCAAAGAGGGACUUCAUAUCAAUAUGGUCAACAGGAGAACAACACCUGUUUGA